AUGAGUGAAAGGAAAAGAGAUUAUCGCAGCGGCGCUGAGAAAAGAAAAAUUAAACAGAAAAGGGACGAGGUUAUAAAAAAAGUGCCCAAAAUUUCUUCAUUUUUUCAGAGACAAGAUACUGUGAGUGAUUUAGAUUGGAAAGAUUCUUCUGAAGCAUGUUCUUCGUCACAUAUCCAUCCGGAAAUAGAAGAAAGCCAAGCACAUACUUUAUCGGAUGUCCAUCCAGAAAUCGAGGAACCCCAAGUCAACGAUUCUGAUAUAUCUGCAGAUAAUGCAGAUUGUAAUAUAAUUUCAUCAGAUAGAGGAAAUUUUGGUGACAAUUUAACUGAAUGCGAACGAAAAAUAAUUUUUAAAUUGGGUCUAUUUAAACCACAAGGACCAUUUCCAAAAGUUUCAGAAAAUAACCGACCUUUUUCAGCUUAUUAUUAUUCAUAUUUCAAUCAGGCAGGCAUAAAAAUUAUAAGACCAUGGUUAUGUUAUUCUAACGUUUUAAACAAACCGUACUGUCACUUCUGUUGGUUAUUAGCAGAUCGUCAAAACAAAUCGUACUCCUCUGCUUGGGUUAACGGUGUUUCGGUUAAAAGCAAUUUCACACAAACUAUUCUUGACCAUGAAAAGUCACAGCAGCAUAUUAGUGCCUCACUCUCUUAUAAUAAUUGGUUGCAAGGAAAUACCAUCGAUACUCUAUUGAAAAGUGAAAUCGAUAGUAAAAUUACAUUCUGGAGAGAUGUACUGCAUCGUAUAAUUAAUGUUAUAAUUACUUUAGUAUCUUGUAAUCUACCUUUGAGGGGGCAUGAUUCUGAUUCUGGCAAUUUUAUGGCAAUUUCACGUCUGCUAUCUAACUAUGAUGCAACUUUAAAAGAACUUUUUCUAAAACCGAAAGGAUUCAUAGCAGUAACCGAUUGCAGUGCUGCAGGUCUGAAAACUGUCAUUUUAAAUUUGACUAAAGAAUAUGGAAUUGAUUUGACUAAAUGUAGAGGACAGGGAUACGAUGGAGCAAAUGUUAUGUCGGGUGUGUAUGGAGGAUUACAAACCCUAAUAAAAGAGCAUGCUCCAAAUGCCGAUUAUGUUCAUUGUGCUGCGCACGCUUUAAACUUAGUUUUGAACGAUGCUGCGAGACAUGUUCGUGAAGUAUCGACUUUUUUCGAUAAUUUAGAAAAAAUAUAUACUUUUUUGGCAAUAGUA